AGCUUUUGCCAAGAGAUGGCAAACCGAUCAAACCACAGACAGUCCACGGCUCUAAUGGAGGAUAGCAUAAGUGUCAAAUCGAAUGAUUCAGCUGCAGUGAGUGAUGAGUUUGAGAUAGUCGGCGGAGGGACAGUACAGCAGUCGUCAUUGCCACAGUUGAAGAUUGCCGGUGACGGAAGUCUCGAAGGCCUCUGGCACAGCCUCGGCGAAAUGUUGAACGAAGAAAUCGACCAGCCUCAAGGGCAGGGCAGUGUGACCCCCCAGCAGGCCUCAUCCUCAGGGGAUGAAAUAGAGGAAAUCUGUGAUGUACUACAAGACUGUACAAUAUUUGACGGUGUCUCAUUCCUUGGUGGACUGAGUAUAAACGCUCCUAAAAGCGACACUGAAAUCCAGAGGAACAUUUCUACAAUGAACGAACAAGUGGAAGUCGGCAUCCGGGUUUCGAUAUCUAUACCGAGCUGCUCCGACGGCUGUGUCGUGAUGUACGAUGGCCAGACAAACAGCAUAAUGCUGAAAUGUGAAAUAUGCCGAAUAUGUUAUUUCGCGAAGGGAAUCCCAGAAUCCAACCGGUCCUGUUUUGCAUUUACUUGGGUGCAUGGCGACUCCAUCGAAAAUUCAAUUUAUAGAUGCAACGUGUUUAGAUGUGACAUUCCAGAAGCGGUUGAUAAAGUGUCGUCUUGCUUCACGAAAGCUUUCAAAACAAUAUCAAAGUCGAUGACCACUUCUGUCAAUGGAGAUUUGAUGUCUGAUCCUGAAAUCGCCAAUAAUUCGGGGAAAAUGUUUUUAUUGCAACUUACCAUGGAAAUUAAGGAGGAUGAUGGGAAGGGUGGCUACAGUACAGUACCCAGGGAAAAGAAUUGUUUCAAGUUGAGGAGCAAUGUUGGCAAACAGAUAUGCUUGACAAUAUCACAAAUGGCGUCAGAAACUAAAGAAACACUUGAAGUCAAAAGAUGUUUUGGCGUUCUCAUUGCUCAUGGUAAAAAUGUCAAACACAGUGAUAUGCAACUUUUAGACAAGGUGUUGAUAGGGACUGACAAAGGAGACAAUGGAAUGAGUUCGGUAAUCACAGGCCUCUGGAAUCCAAAAGGAAAGGCAUCUUUCAGCCAGCUGAACACGGAAACGUUGAAAGACGAGCAGGUUUAUUUGACAGUAGCAGUCGACCUUGUUUUUGGUGGCAUACGCGAACCCGUCCGACUGGUUCUUGAGACUCAAGUGAGGGUCUGUUCGAACAUUUCGAAAGAAAGGUUUUUCUUCUUUGGUCGUCGUAGCCACAUCCAGACUUACUUUCUCAAUCUGAAGGAGGUACCAAGUCAAGACGAUGGCCCUAACUAUGAAGUAGUUAGCAUUGAGUCGACCGGCCCAAUCGACCGAAACAGGUUAAAUAUGACCCUGAACAACUUGGCCAACCUUAUUAGGUCGCCCAGUCUCACAUCUAUCGAUACGCUAACGCCUAAAGAUGAAAUGUACAACUCAGAUGGGGAUGAACCGAUGUUAAGUGGGACUGGAGAAGUAAGCAAGGAUUGUUCACUCGAUGAACUCGAGUCCUGGAGCGAAGUUUUAAGUAAGUGGGGUGCGACACGCCCUAAGCAAUUAUCGCAGCUUGUCAAACAGGGAAUCCCUGAAGCUCUGAGGGGUGAGGUUUGGCAGAGGUUGGCCAAGUGUGAUGAUAACACUCUCAUGGACAACUACAGGAUCCUUAUCACUCAAGAGAGUAACUGUGAACAGGUCAUACAAAGGGAUAUUAACAGGACCUUCCCGGCACAUGAUUUUUUCAAAGAGAAUGGCGGUGGAGGACAAGACGUACUAUUCAGGCUCUCUAAGGCGUAUGCCGUACACGACACGGAAGUUGGCUACUGCCAGGGGUUGAGCUUUCUAGCCGCUACUCUUCUUUUACACAUGCCCGAAGAACAAGCAUUCUGCGUGCUCCUGAAAGUAAUGUACGAUUAUGGCUUGAGAGAGCUGUACAAAGAUGGUUUUGAAUGCCUUUACUUGAGACUUUAUCAAUUAAACAGGUUGAUGGAGGAACAUGUUCCACAGUUGUACCAGCAUUUCAGGGAAAAGGGUGUGGAAUCACAUAUGUUCGCUUCGCAGUGGUUUCUCACAUUGUACACGGCUCGUUUUCCACUUUAUUUUGUUUUCCACAUAAUCGAUGUUUUCCUCCUCCAGGGCACGGAGACAGUGUUCCAAGUCGCACUCGCCCUUCUCAAGAUGUGCCAGAAAGAUUUGAUGCAGCUGGAUUUUGAGUGCAUACUCAAGUACUUCAGAGUCACGCUGCCAAAGAAGUGCAGAAACCAAGAAGUGUCACGCAGCCUGAUGAAGAUGGCUUGCAACAUCAAAGUGAAGAAACUCAAAAAGUACGAGCAGGAGUUUCUUGCGAUUAAAGAGGCUCAGGAAAAUGCUGAUCAGUACAGCAAUGAGCUUGAUAGAAUGAAAUCAGAGUUGCUGAGAAAUGAGGAAGAAAAGAAGAGGCUUGAAGAACAAAUAACACAGUUAAAAGAUAUGCUGAAAAGAGAAGUUGACAAAGCUGAAAAUGACAACGGUAAAAAUUCAUCAAUAAUUCAGGGCUAUAAAGAAAUCUGUCAGAGGUUGGACAGGGAGCAACAAGCAACAAAAGCUUCUCUUAACCAGAUUUUGUUUGUAAUCGACGGUUGUGAGAGGUGUGGGAAAAUGGGAAAAAUACUUAAUGAAAACCCGCCCAAUGAGAAGAAAGAUGAGGGCAACAAUGAAUCCCAGCUACUUCACAGGAUCACCGAGCUCGAGCUGGAUCUGGCAAGGGCCAAGUUAGCCCAGGUCGAGGCCGAAUGCACGAACCAGGAUUUGACUCACAAGCUAAGCGCUGCUGUCACUGAACUUCAUGCUGCCAAGAACUCUUGGCCUCCUUGGCUCUCCAAGACGCUGACCUCGAUCAAAGAGGUUGCUGCUAACAAAGCCACCGCACAGAGAAGGGAGUCGGCACCUGAAACUGUCGACUCGUCAUAAAUUGUUUCAUUACCACAUUAUAUUCUAUUCUAUAUGGUAUCUAGUCAGAAAUGAAACAAUCAAAUACCAG